AAAGCAGAUUCAGAAGAUUUUGCCCUGUUGUUUUGGUUUGUUUGGACUUUGUUGCCAAACUUUCUCAACUCCCCAAAAGUUCCCAAGUUCUCAACUCUGCUGGGUUCUCACUCACUCAGUCCACCAUGAACAUCUUCAAGAAGAAGACCUCCCCCAAAGAGGCUCUCAGGGAAAGCAAAAGAGAAAUGAGUGUUGCUACAAGAGGUAUUGAACGUGAGAUCGCAUCUCUUCAGUUGGAGGAGAGGAAAUUAGUGGCGGAGAUCAAGAAAACGGCUAAAACUGGUAACGAGGCUGCCACCAAAAUCCUUGCUCGUCAACUCGUUAGACUACGUCAACAGAUUACUAACUUGCAAGGAAGUCGUGCCCAAAUAAGAGGUGUAGCUACCCAUACACAGGCAUUGUAUGCAAGCACUUCUAUUUCCACAGGCAUGAAAGGUGCAACUAAAGCAAUGGUGGCAAUGAACAAGCAAAUGGAACCUGCAAAACAAGUUAAAGUGAUCAGAGAAUUCCAGAAGCAGGCAGCACAAAUGGAUAUGACGAUAGAAAUGAUGUCAGAGUCUAUUGAUGAAACCUUGGACAAAGAUGAGGCUGAAGAGGAAACAGAGGAGCUCACCAACCAGGUGCUCGAUGAGAUUGGUGUUGAUAUUGCAUCGCAGUUAUCUUCAGCUCCAAAAGGCAGAAUUGCAUCGAGAACUACUGUAAAUGUAGCUCCGAGGAAUGCUGAAAAUGUCGCUUCAAGGAAUGCUGCUGAAAAUGUAGCUUCAAGGAAUGCUGAAAAUGUAGCUCCAAAGAAUGCUGCAAAUGUUGUUAACAGUUUCCACAAGUUAGUAGGAUUGGACGGGAUUCCUUCAUGACUAAUGCAUACCUUCAAAGUUCUGAAUCAUCUGACGUUGAGGAUCUUGAGAAGAGGUUGGCCUCUCUGCGACGUUUGUGAUCCUGUUAAGCAUGCGGUGCGCAGAUCCCGAUCAUCAUAAUCAUAGUACAUCUGUUCGUGUAAAUUUAAUCAAAUUACAAAGCAAAACCAUAUAAAAGAAGAAUAUAUUGUAAUAAUAGUAGGAUUCCCUGGAUGACAUAUUUGUUUCAGCAACUAUUUGGAUUGGAUGGAGACGCCUUCUACCAUAUAACGAAGUUGUUAGUUUUCAUGACACGGUGGUGCCAAACA